AUGUCACAGUUCAUCUCUUUCGCCCGAGGAGUAGGCCAGUCUUCGAUGUCUCACACCACCUUUGCAGCAGCUGCUGUUAUGACGAACCAUAAGUACUCGCAGGUCACUGGCUUCCUCAACAGGGUCGCGAUCUUCAACAGUAACAAAGACCUCCAUUCUCGCGCCCACAACACCAACUCCAAUAGCGUCAGCUACAGGAACUACACCAUCGCAAACACGAACACCCCAACCUCCCCCUCAUCUGCACCUCGAAACAACCUUCCCCGCUGCAGCGGUAUGACCGCCAGGAAUACGCCCUGCCAACGCGACGGCAUCAACCUCGUUACGGAGUCGCCCACAUCCGCCAACAAGGACAGCAAAGCGGUGGUCCGAUACUACUGCUACCAGCAUGACCCACGCCUAGCCGUCAGUCGCCGAUGCCUGGGCUAUGUUGCGAGCGAACAUCGACAGUGUCGUUUGAUUUGUUCCGAGUCUGAGAUCAGGACUGGAGGGCGUCCUAUUUGCAAUAGACAUUACCAUCUUGGAGCCCGACUUGUCGCUCGUCGAAACUGA